GGGGAAAGUCCGUGGUCAGGGGGUGCGCGCGUCCGCCCGUGCGGCCGCCACUCAUCAUCAUCAGCAGUAGCAGCAGCAUCCGCAGCAGCAGCAGUAUCAUCAACAGCAGCAUCAUCAUCAGCAGUAGCAUCAUCAGCAUCAUCAUCAUCUGCAGCAGCAUCAGUAGCAUCAACAGCAGCAGUACCAGCAGCAGUAUCAUCAGCAGUAUCAUCAACAGUACCAGCAGCAGUAUCAUCAGCAGUAUCAUCAACAGCAGCAGCAGCAGUAUCAUCAGCAGUAUCCUCAGCAGCAGCAGUACUAUCAUCAGUAUCAUCAGCAGCAGCAGCAUCACCAUCAUCGGCAGUGUCAUCAUCAUCAUCAGCAUCAUCGGCACAAAGCGACAGCAGCAGUAGAAUCGUCGUCACAGUCACGACGACGACGAUGAUGAUGAAGAUGAUGAUGAAGAUGAUGACCACGUGGUGCUGGUGGUGCCUCGCGGUCUGCGCGCUGCUGUCACCCUGUGCAGCCGCCGCGAGCAAGGACGCGGCCGAUGGACUUGGCACCGCCGGGGGAACGAUGAGUUUCCAGACGCCCGAGCUGAGCGACGAGGAAGGACAUUCCCAGCACAUGCCGCAGCACCUCCGCUGCGACGCGUGCCGAGCCAUCGCCUACCAGAUGCAGGAGCACCUGAGCAAGGCCCUGCACAAGAGGCCGGCGCCGCGCAAGGGGCUCAGUGGCCGCUCCGAGCUGCCCGAGUCCGAGCUGCUCGACACCCUGGAGCAAUGCUGCUCGCAGUCCUGGAACGACUACGGGGUGAAGGAACUGAGCGGGCAAAAGCGCUUGUCGGGCCCCGGGCUGGAGGCGCAGGACGCCAUGGGGAUGAUGAUGGGCGGUGGCAAGUGGCCGUUCCGGCUGCUGCAGAUGUGCCACGCGAUGCUGGGCGAGCUGGGCGAGGAGGAGAUCUACGCCGCGUUCCGCUCCGCAGCGCCGCCGGGCCAGGGGCUCGCGGCGUGGCUGUGCAAGCGCGACUGUGGCGCCCAGAGGGCGGCGCUGCGAGACGUCACCCCGCUGUCGAGAGAGCACACCGAGAUGUGACACCCACAUUGUGACACGUGACACCCACACUGUGACACCCACACUGUGACACGUGACACUGUGACAUACACACCAACACGUGACACCCACACCGACACGUGACACCCACACCGACACGUGACACCCACACUGUGACACCCACACUGUGACACAACAACAACCGCCAUUCGCCACUAAGUGGCGGUGACGUCACCACGACGCUUGUACCAGGCCAUGUGCACCUUGAGGCCACGUGAAGUGUCGAACGCCCGCUGGCAGGAGGUCACGGGGCAGACCCAGGUGCCACGGGUCGACUAACUGAGAUGACCGAGAUGACUGACUGAUGCACCGCCUGUGCCCCCUACUGUACCAACUUGCUGUGCUUUAGCCACCCGGCGCUCUGCUCGUUGUUGUGAGCGUCACUCCUCCGCCCUCUGUUGUUGGAGGGCGACUGCCUCCAACUGCCCAGUAGCGUCCUUCACGAGCCUCCUCCACAGAGGCCGAUCUUGACACCGCUGGUAUCAGUCAUCGGCAAGUCCACUCAGCUCCACAUCCUCUUGUACCACAUCACUCCAUCUCUUCUCUAGCCCGUGCCGCGCCCGUUUAGCCCUCUCGAUCCGGCCGAACAAAAGCUGUUUAGGCAUGCGGUGUCUGGGCAUGCGGGCUACAUGACCCAGCCAACGCAGCCUUGCCUGCCGGAGGAGCUCACCGAUGGAGAUUUGUGAGCUCCUCACACAAUCCAGCCUGGUUAAACCCAGGAUGGAUCGUAGGCAGGCCAGCCUAAAUGUUUCCAUUAGGGGGGUCCACGUUUCGCAAGCGUAGAGAAGGUAGGGAAUGACUGUGGCUGAGAAGACCUGAAGCUUCGUGCGGAGCGACAGACCAGGUAGCUUCCACACAGCGUUACGCAACCGAUGAAAAUAUAUUGCCGCUCGACUGAUUCAGAGUGAGACCUCUGCUGUUAAACUGGAGCCGGUCAUAAGCACACUGCCCAGGUAUGGGAAACUCUCCACUCUCUCCACUACUGCCCCAUCACCGAUUGGGGGUUGUGGGGGUGGAGUGUCCGAUGGUACCAAAUACCCAGGCAGGUGCUUAGUUUUGGUGGGGCUGAUGGUAAGGCCCCACCUCUUAGUGGCACGCUCCAGUCUCAGCAGCAGCGUCUCCAACUCCUCUUCUGAAUGAGCAGCUAUUACCAAAGCAUUGGCAUACAUAACGUAGUUGACCAAUAGGGAGCCAUCCCUUGAUCGCACCCGGGCGUCGAUCAACCUCCCGUUAUAUCUGUACCAAAUGGAAAUUCCCCCGGUACAGCUAUUGAAGGCUUCACGAACUACUCGGUCAAAAUAGAUGUUAAAUAAUGUGGGAGCCAGAGGACAUCCCUGUCGCACCCCAAGGUGUACAGGGAAAGGCUCUGACUCCCGGCCACGUAGUUUUACCCGGGCCCGCUCACCAUCAUGAAGGUCCUUAAUGAUCGUGAGCAGAGGGUCACGGACUCCGAAAGCACGAAGAACAACCCAGAGCCCAGGCCUACUGAUGGUAUCAUAGGCCUUGACCAGGUCAAUAAAGCAGAGAUGUAGGUCUUGUUGGAAUUCCCUACACCUCUGCUGUAGCAGACGGACAGAAAAUAUGGCAUCUGUGCAGGACCGCCCUUUCCUGAAACCGCAUUGGGGCUCCGCAAGCCUCUCCUCAGCGUGCCUAGCAAGGCGAUGUUGAAUAAUCCUUGCCAGGACCUUUCCCGGCACACUGAGGAGUGAGAUGCCCCUGUAGUUGUUACAGUCUGUGCGGUCCCCCUUCUUAAAGAGGGGGACCACCAGGGCAUCCUUCCAAUCCUGCGGAACCCGUCCAGUGGUCCAGACUGUUGUUAUGAUG